GAUUGGCAAAUAUGUCCAAAUUAUCACGUGAAUGAACAAGAUCAGGUUGUGAAGACGAACGUAUGGUUAAGACACAGCUGGUAUGACCCUAGUAUGGCAUGGAAUUCUAGCGAAUACGGGAACAUUAAAGUCAUUCGUGUACCGCCGGAAUACGUAUGGCUGCCUGACAUCGUUCUACUGAACAACGCUGACGGAGUGUACGAAGUGAGCGAGCGAGUGCGCGUGUUAAUAUACAGUGACGGAAUGGUUGAGUGGAUCCCACCAGUGAUCUACCAGACAUCGUGCAAGAUCAACGUGCAGUACUUCCCGUUCGACCAGCAACUCUGUAAGAUGAAAUUCGGCUCGUGGACCUUCAACGGCGAGCAGCUCCGUCUCGGCUUUUACUACAACCUUCCCUACGUCACCAUCAGCGACUACGUGAAGAGCUCUACUUGGGACUUCAUCGACGGACCCGGUUACGUGUACAUCGACGAGACGACGUCGCCGUCGCGCACGGAGAUCGUCUUCGAGCUACACAUACAGCGCAAGACGCUCUUCUUCACUGUGAACCUCGUCAUCCCAUGCCUGCUCAUGUCCAUGCUGAGCGUGCUCGUCUUCUACCUGCCGCCCGACUCGCAGGAAAAGGUGACGUUGUCCAUAUCUCUGCUCGUCGCUAUCGUCGUGUUCUUGCUCGUCGUCUUCAACCUUCUGCCGCCGACGUCGGACACGAUUCCGCUGCUCGCCAAGUAUCUCAUGUUCACGUUCCUGACGAACGUCAUCACGAUGGCGAUAUCGGUGAUCGUCAUCAAUUGGAACUUCCGCAGUCCGACGACGCAUCGCACACGUAAGGUGCUGCAGACGAUCUUCGUCGAGUGGCUCCCGCGCUAUCUCUGCAUCCGGCGACCUUCGCUCGACCACGACGAUGUCGAGUCGACGCAGAACGCCAACGGCACGAAGUCGAAGGCAAACUACAUGGACGUCGACAACCUGCAUCAUCCAAAGUGCGACAAGUUGCACAAGAAUCACAACUUCGGCGAUGACAGCUACUCGACGUACAGCUAUCUGAAUGAGUUUGCCGCGGAGAUGAGGAACGUCGCGGAUGCUGUCGAGGUCAUCACGGAGAACAUGCGCACGACCGAUGCGAUCCUUGAAAUUGAAGACGAUUGGACGUAUAUAUCCAUGGUAGUUGAUCGCCUCUUAUUGUAUAUAUUCUGCAUCGUCACCGUGGUGGGCACGCUGUAUAUCAUCUGCACAGCGCCCGGUAUCCGAGACUUCGUCGAUCAAGAUCAGAGGCUGAAGGAACUCGGGAAACUUGUCGACGAUGUGUUGAGCGGACUUUCCGACGAAGAACUUGCACCGUAUUUCAUUUACAAUUCUUCGAAGAUGUACGCCUGAAUAUAUAUAUAUAUAUAUAUAUAUAUAUAUCGUAUGUUGUGUGUAGCGCAUUACAAUUGUGAAUCUCGAUCGUAAAAAAGCUGCAAUCGGCGAACUAUAUGCGGAAGUUUUAUUCGCAUUAUUAACGGAUGGUUUAUAGGUCGUGAUUUGGUGCUAGUAAUCCCGCUAGUUAUGCUAGGAUGCCUUAGUAGAAAUUACAUUAUUUUGAUGAAAGAUAAUGUGAAAUUAAGCAAAUGAACACAUCAUAUAGCGUCCUGUAAAGUGCAUUUUCAUCUGCAAGUAUUAAUUGUAUCCGUAGGUUAUACGUUAUGUAUGUGUCUUACAUUAUAAGCAUUGGAAUAUAUGUGUUAUACUAUAUAUUGCACGUACUAGUGUAUUAUUUUGGUUUAAUAAAAUAUAUUUUAACAAUA